AUGUGGGGUUUGAUGUUUGAGGAUAUCAAUCAAUCAGGAGACGGCGGCCUUCAUGGUCAGCUCAUCCGCAACAACGGUUUCCAGGGGCCAGAUCCGGAUCUUAGCGCCUACGGAUCUUUGAACGGCACUUCCCUCGCGAUGGAUGAUACAGUUCCACUUACGGAUGCGAUCCCCCGGACUCUUCGUAUUGAUGUUGAAGCUGGGGCCGCUGGUGAGGCUGGCUUCAUCAACUCUGGGUAUUGGGGUGUGCCUGUUGAUGGCAGCACUUAUUCUCACUCAAUUUACGUCCGUGGAGAGUAUAGCGGUGAUAUGACCUUCUCUCUGAUCGGAAACAGUAGUGGAACUGUCUUCGGCCAGAGCACAUUCCAUGUUGACAGCGUGUCUGACUCGUACACCCUUUUCGAGGCCACAGCGACGACCACAGAGACAAGCGAGACUGACAUUUCAUAUCACUUGACGUUUGAUGCUGGGCUUGUCUCUGGAUCCUCGCUAUGGUUCGCGCUUCCUCAGCUCUAUCCCACCACCUGGAACAACAGAGAAAAUGGGUUGAAACCGUGGAUCGCUGAAACACUUGUCAAUAUCCAAGGGACAUUUCUCCGAUUUCCUGGAGGCAACAACCUUGAGGGCCCUAAUGUAGAAAACCGUUGGAAGUGGAACGAAACUAUUGGCCCACUCGAGAACCGACCAGGACAUCGAGGCACGUGGGGCUACACCAACACAGACGCUUUAGGCCUGCACGAGUACCUCUACUGGUGCGAGGAUAUGGGUUUGGAACCGGUUCUCGCCAUCUAUGCCGGAUACUCUCUCGACGGCACCGCCAUCACUGGCGAUGCACUGCAGCCUUACGUUCAAGAAGUCCUGAACGAACUCGAGUAUGUUCUCGGCGACACAAGCACGACAUACGGUGCUCUCCGCGCUUCAAAUGGCCAAACGGACCCCUGGGACGUCAAAUACGUUGAGAUCGGCAAUGAGGAUUACUUUGCCUGUGACACGUAUCCCGAACGCCUGGCUGUAUUCCAUGACGCCAUCUCUCGGGCUUAUCCAGACCUGCAGUUGAUCGCCUCCACGGAGAACGCUACCUGCUUACCUGACCCCAUUCCUGAAGGUAUCAUACUGGACUUGCACAAUUACAAUUCCCCAGACGGAUUUGUAGAUCUAUUCGGCUUUUUCGACAACAUUGACCGCAGCCAUCUCUACAUGGUUGGCGAAUACGCUCGAGUCAAUAUUGACUGGCCCGACAUGCAGGGAUCUGUUGGAGAGGCUGUGUACAUGAUGGGAAUGGAGCGUAACAGCGACCUGAUCAGGUUUGCCGCUUACGCCCCGUUGCUUCGGCUGGUUGAUAACCAACAGUGGCGACCUGAUUUAAUCUCCUACCACCAAGCUCCUGACGCUAUCUACCUUUCCACAAGCUACUACGUCCAGCAGCUGUUUGCCCAGAACGCCGGUGACACAACACAUGCCGUCACCUCCGACACCGCCUUUGGGCCUUUGUACUGGAGCGCCACAAGUUCGGGUGACACGUACAUCGUGAAGCUCGCAAACUACGGCCAAGACGUUCAAAAUGUAACCAUUGAGAUUGCAGGAAAGACGACUGCCACCCUGUCCAUCUUGGCAAACGAUGACCCGUCAGCCGCCAACUCCGACACUGCUUCUCCUGUCAGUGCUCCCGUGGUAUCGACAGUCACAGCAACUGACGGGGUCUUUUCUUUCUCCGCACCGGCCUGGGCUGUCAUUGUCUUAGCAGCUGAGUAG